UCUACGAGUGGAGACAGAGACGAGCCAAAAGAAGAUUUUAAGAGGUUAGAAUAUGUUGUGAUGACAGAAAAAGAUCGCUCCAAUAAUGUAGGAGGAUAUGCGAAAGUCAAAGACAAGUACGUUGACAUAGAGCUCAACGAUAAAUUACGUCAGCUGGAUUUAAGCAAGACGAAAAUAAAGAUGGGGGUUGGCAAGAAGACGAAAGGAAAGAUGGGGCUUGGCAAGAAGGGCAAGCCUGGGUAA